UCCUCGCCACCUUCCCGCGGAAAUCAAUCGUCUGCUCCGAGGUAAACAAAGUGAACCGCAGUUGUGCGUAGUACGUCAAGAUUUAUUUUGAAAUAUCUUCAGUAAUCCGCCAUGACAGGCGUUUUGGAUUGCUGCGAGAAGUUCUUUGGUUCGCGGGAGCUGUAUACAGUGUUGGGGGUUGAGAAGGAUGCAAAUGAAAAUGAAGUAAAGAAGGCAUACCACAGAUUAUCACUGAAGGUUCACCCUGAUCGAGUUGAUCAAAAUGAUAAGCAAGAUGCCACACAGAAAUUUCAGACCCUUGGCAAAGUCUACUCAAUAUUGUCUGACAAGGAUCGACGAUCGGUAUAUGAUGAGACAGGUGAAGUGGAUGAUGAAAAUGUUGCCCCUGAUGAUCGUGAUUGGGACCAAUACUGGCGUUUGUUGUUCAAGAAGAUAACCAUUGAAGAUAUAAAGAAUUUUGAAUCAAAGUAUAAGGAUUCUGAAGAAGAACUGAAUGAUCUGAAGCAAGCCUAUGUAGAUGGUGAGGGAGAUAUGGGUUAUAUUCUGCAAAAUGUACUAUGCUCUUCUAUUGAUGAUGAACCAAGGUUCACAAAGAUAAUAAAGGGAUGGCUCAAGAAGGACGAGGUUCCUGAGUUUAAAAAUUUUUCAAAAGAAAGCAAAAAGAAAAAAGAAACCAGGAAACGUAAGGCAGCAGAAGAAGCAGAGGAAGCAGAAGCAAUGAAAAAAGAACUUGGUCUGGGAGACACCACAGAUAGUUUAAAAGCCCUGAUUCUCAAGCGCGGAAAGCAGCGGGGAGAAGAGAUGGACUCAUUUUUGGAUAACUUGGCUACUAAAUAUGGUGGUGGGGGCAGUGGGAAGAAAAAAGGCUCUAGGAAAGGAGGAAAAUGUUGAGUUGAAUAAAGAUGUCAGAAAUAAUACAAAAAGGAAGGCAUUAAUAUAAAUAAAAAACAGGCAUUGAUAUUCACAAUAAAUAAUGAAAUGCAUUGUCCAGUUUCUCUGCCUGAUAUUGUAGUUAAAUGCUUUAUUUUAAAUGAUCCUAAGACAUGCAACUUUAGGAUUAGAUAAUGUGCUGGUUGCUGGGGGGACAUGAAUAGUGGACACAAAAAUAAUAACAAUUAUAACAUGCAAAUAUUGAAAAAAAAUUAGAAAGUAGGCAUGGAAAGUCACUUCUGAAUAUUAUAUGCAGCUUCUGAUAUUAUGCACAUUUUUCUAAUGUUAUCUUCUCAUUUAUGUAAUUUCUCAAUAUAUUUUACCCAUGGUAAUGCUUUGAAUAACAUAUUCUAUUAGAGAAAACUUCACUAAUAUUUCUUUGAAUAAAACACAAAAGAUAAAUUUUUGUGUGGCGAGUUACCUGUCCUUGCCCCCAAGAGCAUCAAGGUAAAUGGUUUUAGUUUAGUUUAUGUACCACUUCAAAAAGUGAGCAGCACUGCUACAGGCUUUAAACAAAAUUAAUUUCUUGGUGCAUUGUAUUGAAUAAUGGUUGACUUUAAAGGUAAUGCAGUUUUCUGAUGCAUUUGACAUAAGAACCACCAGAGGGAUAGUCUACAAUAUGGCCCAAGUGCAGCUCUUUGUAAAGCCUGUAAAGAUUGUUUACUCAGGAGCAAAGAAGUUAGUGGAAUAAUGUAUGCAGUUCUUUAAGUGACAAAUAAUGUUCAUAUUUAUAUGGAUGAAUGAGCAUUUAUUGGUAAUAAAUUAUACUAGCAUUAAAACAUACACAUGUUUCAGUUCAUUUACAUACCCAAACCUUCAUUAUGUUAAUACAUUAAAAACCUUUAGGUUCUAGGGUUUAUCAUAAUUCAAUAUUGUAAGACCACACUUAGAUAUUACAGUAGUAACAGAUGGUUCCUUAUUGUGUUUUUCUUGUCAUGAUAAUCAAGGCUAAACAUUUGUUUGCUUGGAUGUGUUGUGUAUUAUGUGAAGGUUCAUGUGCAUUGCCUAAUGCAAGACCAAAUCCUAAGGAAAUAUAGGUCAUAUUUCCAAAGUACAGUACAAGGCUUAAGUAUUUUAUUACAGAUACCUUAAAAAUGCUCUGCAAUACUGUUGCAUUACGUUUGCUGAAUGUGUAAUAUGGAUGUCACGGGAAUGUCACUGAUGAUUGAUAACCUUUCAACUGCCGUAAAAAGACAAGAGUUAAAGUUGCACGCACAACAAAGCAUCAUAAAUCCACAUACAGGUAUUCACAAAAUACGGGUUAUGGACUAUCUUCCAAAAUCAGAUUUGAAGGUAGAUGCAGAAAUCCCAGUCUUGUACAUCACAUUUGUUUAUUACAGUGUAUUGGUCUUAGAUGCUGUAAUGUGAAAAGUAAUGAAGCUGCUACCAUUGCAAAUUUGUUUAUAUAGCAGUCAUAUUCAUAUAUCUGUUGAUUAUUCAUUGCUGUAAUAGUUAAUUGUAUAGAUUGUGUCUACAGUAAUAGUUUUGUUUUUGUAAUUUUCAUGUUGAUUGGUUGUGUAUCAUAUUUAUUGUAAUUUUGACCAUUCAUGUUGUUGCAUUUUUUAAGGCUGUAUAUUCAUUAUUGAAUGGAAAUAUACACUUCUCCUUUAAUAUAAAUAUUACAAAAUAUAUUUAAAUUAAGUGGAUUCAUACAGGGAUUUAGGUAGUAUUGUUUGUUAGCACAGUGUAUUGGGAGUCUCUCUCUCAAUGACUGACGAAAUCCUGCACUGCUGAGCAGAAUUUGGGGGUGAUCUUUGCCUCCUGUGCCCGUUUCUCUUCACAGCAUUGUAUUCCUUAGUUUAAACACACCUUUGUACCAUUACUUCCAUGUAGUAUAAUUGUAAAUACUGUAUUGAGAAAUGACAAUAUAUAUUGGAAUUCUGUGAUUGAGCAUGCUUUUAGCAGUUUUAAUGUAUUUAUAAAUACAGUAAAAUUAGUAUUGGUGAUUUUUUGCCAAAUAGUAGUUGUUCCUAUAAAAAAAAUCCCAAGUACAAAAAAACAAAAACAAAGCCAGUUUGGCCAAAAUUCUAUUUUUUAGCAAACUUUGACCUCAUUACUCCCAACCGACUAAAAAGAAAAAGGCUCGUGCAAGUUCUUGAGUGGUAAUACAUACCAGAUUUCCAGCUGAUCCAUCUAGAGAGGUAACACUAAUUACAUUGACAACAUUUCGGUUGACACAUGCAUUGAUGAACCCCCUUCACAAAAUUGUCUUUGUACCCUGAGCUUGCACUAAUAACACACUAAUUGGAGAAACUUACUACAAUGCUGUAGUGCAUGAAUGAACUUAAAAGAAAGGCCCAAUGUAUGUAUAAAUGCAUUACAAAACAAAUUUUUGGAUGUGUAACCCUACAACCUUUCUCAAGGAUGCUGUAUACAAUUCAAUGUAAUACAAAAGAUUAUAUACAGUAUCCUUGAGAAUUUAAUUGAACUUUCAGGGGAAAGGGCCAAGCCAUUACGACUAUAUAGGACUUAGAAGGGGUCAGGAUAAGGAUUUGGGAUGGGGGGGGGGAUGGUGCCCAACCACUUGGACGGUCGAGGAUUAAACUCCGACCUGCAUGAAGCGAGACCGAGUAUCCUUGAGAAGAGAUGUAGGUUACAUCCGAAAAUUUGUUUUUUAAUACAUUUACAUACUGUUUAUUGGGGUCUUUCUUUCACCUUCAUUACCCUAAUUGGUAAGAUUUUUUUUGUGUGCAUGUAUUUACAAGAGAGAUGCUUAUAUUGUAUAUUAAAAUAUAAAAUGAUUCAAAAUUUUGUGAAGGGUAGCAUUCUAGUAGUGGAGAGAGUUUGGUUUUAUGUGGAGUUUUGGCAAGACAUUGUCUAGUAAUGUGCCUACUUUAAAGAGUACCCUGCAGGCCUUCGUCUGAAAGACACAGCUUACAAAAUCAUAUAAUUUGUGUAUUAUGUUUGAUACAAAGUACUGUAUAUUUGUAUAUCAUAACUUAUAAUUUUUAUAUUUGACAAUGUUAAUGUAUAGGACUUUGUUCACAUGGUUCAAAUUUUAAGUAAGAAGGCAAGAGGAUGAUAUAAAAUAGGCAUUAAAUAAAACACUGGCCAGUUUUAGGCCAGUCUUGCCUUCUCAUAUUUUUUUUCUUAAAUAGUUUGUUCCAUUUUAUGCCCAAUUAUGUGAAUUUUUUUGAGUAACAGUUUUAUUUAAUUUGCCACUUAAUAAUAAUAAUAAAAGUUGUUAUUAUUAUUAUUAUUAACUUGCUACAGAACAAAUGCAUGAGCAUAUAUUUUUUAUUACAUUGUUAUACUGUAUUUUUAUUUUAGGAGAACUAAAUUUUCUUCCUGGAGAUGAAUAUAGAAUAAGAUUAUAGUCUAGCUACUUCAAAAUGUGGUGCUUUGGUAAACAUUUCAUAACUGUUAAUCUUUAAUGAGAAGUGAUUGUAAUACACUGUGAUAAAUCAUUGUCAUUGGAUACCCAGUGCAUCAACAUAUAUAAAUUUUCCAACAUGAGGUAUAGUUCUGUUAUUCGUCUGUAUUGAGUUGCUAUAAUAUAAACAUUAUAAAUGCUUUUGUAUUCUA